GCGACUUAAUAAACACUAAGGAAUACGGCUCAGCACUUUCAAGAUAUACUUUAUAAAAAAAAAUAUCCGGCCAUUUUCUAUCGAAAGCAACCGCGGAUGUCUUUGGACGGUUUGCAAUGUCAGAAAUCUUUUUUUAUUAAACAACAUUUAACCACGCUACAAGCAGAAUGCGUAGUAGUUUAAAUUGAGCAGAAAAUCAUAAUGACAUUACUCUUGUAAUCCAAUUUAUUAAUGCCACUAGCGGAUCCAAGGUUAAUUUCGAUUGAAAAGGCCGAGGAAUUCCGUAUGGAUUGUGAUGGACAAUCGUGAUAUGUCGGCAAUCUUCGGCAAGCUCCUGAUAUAUUUAUGUCGUUGUGCAUUCCGAGUGUAGAAACGCCUACUAAACAGUCGAUAACUACUAUUGAAAUUGAAGAUACCGUACUAAAUCUAGGCAUAUUAAAAAAAGUGUUGAGAUUUGGAAAAAACAUUAUUGUUUAUUAAGGAUCAUUUGGAUAUUGUGACAUUGAUCGUAAUUUGUGGUUUCUUCGUAUCAGUACAAAACUUUAUUUCCUUGUUACAAAAUAGACAGAUGUGACUGAAAGAACAUCUAUUUGUUUUAGUUCGUGAGUCUUUUUUAAACUCGAGAGGAAAAUUGAAUAUAAUUUUGGAUCAUCAAUAUCUUCCCAUACAUGGUGUUGGGGUUCGAGAAGCACUAGCACUCAGUGUUAUUGUUCGUGGAAAUGGGUCAAUUCGCAAUGAAAUAUACAGGAAACUAAAACUAUUCGGCAAUAUCCGGACAACUCGGGUUAGACAAUCGUUACAACUCGGCAUGCUCCGGGAUCGACAAUUAACCGAGUGUGGAAAGGCCCACUCAGCAUUCGAUAAUAAUUUUAAUGUUGACAAAGGAAUAAACUACUGCAUGAUUAAAAAAACAUGUUUUGUAUUCGAAAAACGAUUGUAAAUUAAGCACGGUUGUAACCAUGCUUAUCAUUAUGAUAUUGUGUUAUAUGUCAGUGUUUAAUUGAUCGCAAUUUGUGUUUUCUUCGUAGCAGUUCAGUACAAGAUAAUAAACUUCCAGUAUAAAAAAUAAAAAGAAACUGACUGUUUGAACUAGUUUUUGAGUCAUUUUUAAACACAGGAAAGAAAAUGGCAUGUAGUUUCGAAUCAUCCAUUCAGAGGGGAUGUGACUUAAUUCACGAUUUUUCCUGCUCUCCUUGUGAAGACAACGGAUUUAACACAGAAGCUCACCAUCAUUGUACACAAUGCAAAAAAUAUUACUGCAAAAACUGUAUUUCAAAACAUAACGACUUAUAUCAGAAGCACGCGGUACUCGGCCGAAAGUACGUGAAGAAAUGGGAGACAGCCCUAGGGGUGAUGGACGUCCUGGAGAGAUGCGGGAUGCACCCCGGGGAGGCGCUGAAGCUGGUAUGCGGUGACCAUGACCAGCUGUGCUGUACUGUAUGCGUUGCCAUUGACCACAGACAAUGCUCUAAAAUCCAACACAUUUCAGAUGUAGCAAAAGGUAUUCAGAUAAAUAUUGAGUUUCAACAAAUUCCAAUGAAGAUCGCUGAACUUCAAAACCAAUUCGAGCUGAUGAAAGAAGAACGAUUAAAGAAUACGACAUCUCUGAAAAAGACGCGGGCAUCCAUUUCUGAUGAAAUUAAAACCAUACGUAAAAAGAUCAACGAAAUCCUUGACAAUAUUGAGAAGACAACUUUACAGGACUUGGACGGAAUGAUAGCUGAACAUGAAAUAAACCUAAAGAAAGAUAUUGAAACUUGUGAUAAAAUGACUAUCGAACUGCAAAACAUAAUUGCCGCUUUUCAAACCAAAGCAAAAUCAAGCGAUUCAAAAUCAUAUAUUGCGUACAGAAAGAGCCAGGACAUAAUUUCACAAUCAAACCAUCUUCUUCGUGACAUAUCAGCCAUUGAGUGUUACAAUGUUACAUUUCAAGCCAAUAAUCUUAUAGAAGAACUUUUAUCUUCAAUAAAGACCUUUUGAGCGAAUGAAGAACAAACUGUAAUGACCAAACAGCGAAAAGAUCCCCUUUCCGAUCCAAACCACGUCUUCAGUGUUGCAGAGUACAAGGAGUACAACGUGAAGAUGAGUGAUGACAAAUAUAAUGGUAGUAUCGAUGGCGUAUGUGAAAUGCCUAGUGGAGAGUUUGUCAUAGCAGACUGGAAUAAUUGUAAAGUGAAGCUCCUGGACAAGGAGUACAGGGUGCUCGACCACUGUGAUGUCCCGGAGUACCCAUGGGACGUGUGCCACAUUGACGGAAAUGAAGUGGCCGUUUGUGUUAACAGUAAACUUCUUUUCAUUAAUGCUACGAAAGGCAAACUCGUUACUACGAGGAAGUUAAGUUUCAGCCAUAAAUGUAUUGCCUCAGCUCAUCAUGGCGGCCAGCUGUACAUCUCCUCCGGUAUCGCACUUUAUGUCUACACGAUGUCGGGAAAGAAGGUGAAGAGGCUGUACAAGGACAAGUCUGGGGAUAGGACGGUGAGGAAAUGUGCCAUCAGUAACGACGGGAAGACAAUCUACUUUACAAACUACGAUGAACAUCAACUGAUCACCCUAGACAACGACGGCAACAAGCUCACCUUACUCACUGACCCUGAUAUAAAAUUUCCUACCGGAGUACACGUGACACCAGCUGGACACGUAUUCGUCUGCUGCUCCGAUACAGUGCUGCAGGUUGACAAAGACGGGAAGAAGAAGUUGGCCAUCCUGACAAGGGAAGAACACAUGGAAGUACCGCUAGCUUUAUUUUUCAGCAGCAGCACUUCUUCUCUGAUUGUUGGUGGAUGGGAAGAUACUCUUCUUGUUAUCAAGUUAAUUUAAUACUUAAAACUAUCAAUGUUUGAUUUGGUACUAUCGAACUGGGCUCUUUCUAAUUGUUGCAAAGUAAAUUACAGUAUUUUCAUAUAUAAUUGUAUAGUUUAGACCGCUGGCUAUAAGUUAUAUGACAUGAAUCCAAAAGCUUCUUGUGAAUACUUUAUUAUUAUUUAUUUUUAUUUUAUCUAAUUUGGGACAAUUUAUAUAACACAAACCAUUUGUAACAUUAUGUUCUUUCUGAUGCAUGUAAAUUGUUCAAUAUUCGU